GGGAAACACCCUGAAAUCCGAACAUUACUCCAAGAGUGAAAACGACUGACUUACACACCUAUGAGUUGUAUUACAUUGACGUGCUGGACAGCUAAGCAGAUUGGAGGACUAAAGCGCAGUAUUUAGUUCAGUGGACAGACACCUUGUCCUUCUCCCUCCUGAGAAGUGGAUCAUCGAGAAGUGAAUCGCUGGAACUUGUCAGCGACGGACUGGUCCUGACCCGACUGCCCCGAGCUCACUUUCACCUUUAAAGAGGGUGUGGAGAGAGAGAGAUGCCCCUGUUUCGAGGGUCUCUGCCCUGUUCUGCUAAAGGAGGGAUAAAGAAGAAGAGGAGGAGGAAGGCAGGAUGGGUAGAGAGGGAUGCAGAAGGAUGCAGCCCUUCACUGGCCACUUUGUGUCUUUGGAGCCUGGCUGAAAACAUGAAAGAUUUCUGGACCAGAGACUACGCUGAGAAGUACAUGGAUCAUUACACCUUCCGCUACAUCAUGGGCCCCUUCAACAUACUGCCAGGGGAGCUUGUAGAAGAUCUGCUGUCUCUCCUUUCCUCCCGUCACUCGAUGACGCGAGCUGCCCUGCACCUCCUGUUGGUGCCCCAGGUCCGCUGCCUCUCGCUGUCCUCUUGCUCCAGCCUGGUCACAUCCAGCAUUUGCAGCCUCAUUGGUAUCCGCUGCCAGGCUUUGCAGUCCCUGGAUCUCAGUGGUGCUCAGCACCUUUCUGCCCUGGUCUUGAGUGAACUGCUGGGGCAGCUGACCAGGCUACGCUCCAUCUCUCUGACAGGCACUCAGUGUGAUGAUCGGGUCCUACGGACACUGGGUACCAGCUGCCCUGCAGUGCAGCACCUCAAUGUAUCGUGUUGUCAUCAGCUUUCACCCACCAGCUUGCUGCAUUUGGUGCCCAGGCCAUCUGGGCACGAUGGACUGUCUCUUAGGAGCCUUCAGGCCCUGGACAUAGGGUUAGAGAGCAGGGAGUCAUACAGGGUGGGGGUUGCGAUCUUCCUCCUGCUCUCAAUGCCUUCCCUUGAAAAGGUUGCCAUUGAGGGACUGGGAGAAGCUUGUGCCCUUAUGGAAAGCCAGGAUUUUGGUGUGCUGGAUGACUUCACUUUACAGAAUGAGGUGCCUGACCUCUGGGAGUUGUGGAGUAAUAGAAUCCAGGGAGAGCAAUCGGGGGCAUGUGAAAAAGCAGUUGAAAAGGAGUGUCUGGAUGAUGAAAGAAUAGAGGGAUGGCUGUCAGAGAGCGAGGAUUACGAUGAGGAUGAAAUUGAGCAGCAGAAUGAAAGGGAUAACACUGGGAUGUGGAAAGAUAAAGGGAAGAGUAAGCCUUACAGUAAUAGUCUAGAAGAAUUAGAAAGCAGUGGUGUUACUGGUGGGAAAACAGGCGAGGGGGAGAGAGCUUUGGGGGGAAGUUUGACGCUUAGUUUGCGGGAAGCCCAGGGUGUAUCAUGCAGUAGUGUUAGGGCUUUAGGGCUGCUGUGUCCUGAUUUAUGCUCACUGUCUCUGCACUGUGAAGAAGGCCUAGUAGGGCACUUAGCUGCUGGACUGGGGCAAUGGAAAGGGCAGUUUUUCAGCCUCAGUGUGCAAUUCACAGGAGUUUUGCCUGAAAUUCUACCUGCCGUAGGUGUUGUAGGUUCCUCGUUGCACACACUGAUUUUGGAGGGAGUCAGGGUGGAUAGCGAUGCUUCUUUCCUACAACUUCUCCGCUCUUGUCCCAAGCUGAAGACACUUUCAAUACAUACAGAACCUCCAAACAUAAAUGAAGAGGAAGAGGAGGAAAACGAUGAGCACGAUAUUCAGGGACUGCCCUGUCUUCCCCAGCUGCGCGUGCUCUCACUCAAAUUCUUCAUGGAACAACAGCAGAAAAAACCUCUCAUGACUUGGAGCUCCCUAAAAUGGGCAACACUGUCUUUGUUAGGCAGUUCUCCUUUCUUAGAGAAAGCCUCACUUGUGGCCAUGCCGUGCCCUAUGGAUGCAGUGUUCCAGAAAGUUCUCGAUGGCCGUCUUGGAAGUCCAGAGGCCUCUCGUAUUUCUCCACUACAUAACCUGCAGCAUUUGAAUCUGGCUUACUGUAAUAUUUCCACGAAAACUGCCUCAAGACUGGUGAUCCAUGAGAACUGCUUGUCCACCCUAGAUUUGAGUGGCUGCUGGAAUGUGAGCUCUGAGAACAUUGUGCAGUUGCAAAUGAAGGCCACCAAGAGGAGACAUCCACUCACUAUUCUUUGGAGGUGAGCCAUUCGAAACAGUUAAAUCUGGAAGGACCGCACAGAAAUGAAAACAAGAGCACUGUUUUCUGUUUGCCUCGUGAGGUUUCGUAAUUGAAGGAACUCAGUGUGGUUUUAGAAGCCUUGUUUCUCCUAUGUCUGCUAUUCCACUAUGAAAAUUUGUGUUUGUAGGCUAUAGCUGUGGGUGUCAAAGAGAAUUUAAUUCCUUUUUUUAUGGAACACAACCUUAAUUAUGAUUUUUUUUCUAAACAGAAGUUAACAUGUAUGUGGCUCUGCAUCCAAUGCGUAAGAUGAAAACCUAGAAAAUGACAUCAGCUGUAACUGACUCCACUCCUAAUAUCACUUGUAAUUGCUCCAGCACUAGUGUCUUCCGGUCAUGUGUUACAUGCCACAGCACUGUGCGCUUGACUUUCCUAAAAAGAUGUACAGAGUUUAGGGAUCAAGCUCAAGAACAUCUUCAGAUUGAAAGGUCUCAAGUUUGAAUCUUCGUUCCUCUUGUAGUACCCAUUAGUCAAGGUUGUAUUGAUCAAAAUACCAGGUACUUUACUUAACUACAGGUAAAAUAUAUUAGCAUACAAUAUUGGAGCCAGAUGCCUUGGACAAAUGUGUUAUCCAGAUAAAUACACUGGCUCCUUGUGUUAUAAACAUCCGACUUAGUUUUUUUGUAUAUACAUAUAUUUUCCAGUUUAUUUGCCUGUACUGUGUCAAUAUGUAAGUGAUCGAGUGUGUGUCUGUAAUGGACUGGUGUCCUGCCCACCAUAUACCCUGUUUAGCCUUGAGCCCUUUGUUUCUGAGAUAGACGCUGCACCUCUGUGACCCUGACUAGGACGAAUGAGCGAAUCUUCUUCAACAUUCUAUUUUCUCAAAAUUACUGUGCUGUGAAAAUGACCCGUCUUUCUGUUCUUAGCUGUUAGUAGCAGUAAAACACAGAACAGAAAUGGAACACUAAUGAAGGACUGCCUUGAGUCAGCUUGCUUGCUCAGUGUGUACAACUUGUGUGUAGUCAGUAAUAAGGUGAUGACAUGAAUUGGUCGACCAUCAGCGUUGAAUCGGAGUUUGUGUUGAUUGUCUCGUUGUUUUCAGUCAUUUAAAUUAGGGUUACUUUUAAAAAAGUUCAGACAUUACAACAGUCUUUAUAGGUAUUUUUUAUUUAUUACAGCCACAUAUUCAAGAUUUUUAUGGAACCUAAUCUGUAAAUAAAUUGAGGGAGAUCUGUCAUUAAGAUUUUAUAGAUUAUGGUUACGAUAAAGAGGGUUGAAUGUGUCUAGAAGCCGCUGAUCACUUAACAGACUGAUGUUGCGAAUUAGUCAGCGACUGAGAUUGAUGAGAAGCUUAUGAAGAUGGCCGAUCUUUAUUUUUAAUAAUUUUAUAUGAGGUUUAAUUUUCAUAUAUUUUUAAACUAAUUAGAAAAAUCUCUUGCACUGCAACAGGCUGUUGUCCAGUUCAGGGUAUACUCUGCAUUAUGCCAUCCUUUUCCUGUGAAUCUGUAUUGGAUGGAUGGAAGGAAAGAAAGUGUAUAGAACCUAACCUGUUAAUAAACAGGGAUUUCUUAAUGGGGAAAAUGACUUUGGAUUUACAAACAGACUUCUGGUACCAAAUUUGUAAAUUGAAGAGCCU